GGAGCCGAAGCCACGCCACCAUCCCGACCAGUGACACGGGUCCACUUGCUACUCACUGUGUGGCCACCAUGAGUAGUGCUGCAUGGGGAACAAUUGUAAGCCAUCAGUCCGGCAAAGUGCCAUCACCUUCAGUGGAAAGAACAGCGGUUAUGGCUGCUCCGCGCUCGAUGCCAGAUUUCUGCCGCCAACUGUUGAAGUAGGCUUAUGGCAGUCAUGGUGGGCAUCGACAAACGUGGGAAGGCUGCAAUCCCUCCUCAGGCCGCCUUGUCACCAUAUGUGAACAUUCGGAGGGUCUUUGUAGGUUCGUCAGCGUGUACCGGCGCGCGUGGUUCGUUGUCGACGGUGCGAUAUGCUGAUACCGUCAUCAAUCAACUUCUCCCUCUAGUGCGUGAGGAAGUAGGAUCCUCAAGUCGAUGCCGAGUCAUCGCUCAGACCAAACCUCACACAAGCAUUAACUUGUACUCGAUGCUGUUGGUGAAUAUCCAAAUUGCUUAGGUAACAACUCAAGUG